CGGGGCGGGCGGCCGAGGUCCGCGGAGCGAUGCGUGUAGCUGCUGCUGCUGCCCGCGACCCGCAGCCUGCCGGCCGCGACUGCAGACCCGCCGACCAUCGCGGCGCGGCGGGAGGCGCGCGGAGCCCCGAGGUCGCGAGUCCCCGCGCUCCGGCUCUCCGGACCCGCCUGGGGUCCUCGCCUGCGGCGGGGCGGGCGGCAGCGGCGAGCGGGCAUGGCUUCGGCGGGCAGCGGCAUGGAGGAGGUGCGCGUGUCGGUGCUGACCCCGCUGAAGCUGGUCGGGCUGGUGUGCAUCUUCCUGGCGCUGUGUCUGGACCUGGGGGCCGUGCUGAGCCCCGCCUGGGUCACGGCUGACCACCAGUACUACCUGUCCCUGUGGGAGUCCUGCCGGAAACCCGCCAGCUUGGACAGCUGGCACUGCGACUCCACGCUCAGCAGCGACUCAUCCUUGGUGGAGCCUGUUGCUGAACACCAGGCCUUUCAAGAUGGUCCUCAGUAUUCUUAGCAUCCUUGUUCUUUGGGAACUGGUGCUUUUCAUCGACCACAGGGCCGCGUUGGCAAAGGUAGGGCAGCCUGACGUUGCCAUCCUGGCUGAGGACCCUAGCUGGCCCCUGGUUCGGGAGCUGCUAGAAGAGGCUCCCGGCAAGCAGCAGAGGAAGCCACAGCUCCAAGGACCCCAACUGCAAUACAUGCUGAAGUUGUACCAGAGCUCAGCUGACUCACUUGGGAACCCUAGGGAGAACCGCACCAUUGGGGCCACCAUGGUGGCGCUGGUGAGGCCCUCGGCCAACGCAGCAGAGCCUCUCAGAGCUUCUGUGAGCCUGUUUUACAUUCCCGGGAAGAGCCAGGAAGCUGAGACGUAAUGCUGGUUUCUCUUCAGGUUCUCACGAGGAGGAGAGGAAAUUCCCCUUCUACAGACUCAUCCAGGAUCCUGGAAAAAGACUGAGCAUUCUGAACACUUUUAUACGUCUCAUUGAUAUAACAAAAAUGCAAGGUCCAAGGAUAAAGUGUCACUCCAUCGGUGCUCAAGACCUUUACUACCUUUUUGCUGCUGACAUAGGAAAUGGAGAUGUAGGAACCUGGGCCCCGUGUGAUUCCAGAACCUUUGCCAAACAUCUUGUGUGACAUCCCUCUCUCUCCAAGCUUUAGACGUCAGGGAAGGCCUUGAGGAACCUCUUCCUGAAGGAGGAAAGUGCUUGGUUGGGCUUUUCUUGAACCAGGGCUCCACAUGGCAGGAGAAGUGGAAGCGAUCUAGGUAGACUUGUUCCAGGUAAACAAGAGUGGCUCUCACAAGCCUGUGUGCUGCCUGGUUUCCUGUAAAAGGAAAGUCCAGGGUCCGUAAAUGCCAGGGGAUAAGAGGAACCAAGAACAGAGGAUUAGCUUCUUACCUCCUAGCCUGAAUCUUCCUCACAAACCUGUUCAAUAGAGACUGAUGGUUGUAAUCAGCCCUAAAAUUAACUCAAGAUAAUAGCUGUCAUUUAUUGAGCAGUUAGUAAUGUACGUGAUGCUUUCCAUGCAUUAGCUCUUUUAAUCUUCCGGUGUUCCCUCCACCGUUUCCAAGUCAGCUUUCGCCAGCUGGGCUGGGAUCACUGGAUCAUUGCUCCCCAUCGCUAUACCCCGAACUACUGUACGGGAGUCUGCCCUCGGGUACUUCCCUAUGGUCUCAAUUCCCCCAAUCAUGCUAUCUCACUCGGAACCUUUUAAGAGUCUCAUGCUCUACCGACUGAGCUAUCCGGGCGACCGCACAUUCGGAACCUUUUAAAUGAGCUUGUGGACCAGAGUGUCCCUCAGCCCUCAUGUUUCCCUUAUAAGUUUGUCGCCAUUAGUGUCCUCCUUAUCGGCACAAAUGGGAGCAUCCUGUACAGGAGUAUGAGGGUAUGAUUGCUCAUUCUUUGCUUUCAUCUGCAGGUACAAGAUAGAGCUUUCAAAAUUCCAUAGCCUUUUGGCUAAAGUUUAAUGUAAACACAUGAAAGCUCUCCAUAAUCUCUGCAGUGUGAUUGUGUAUUUAAGUGAUGGCACUGGGCUGUUUUGCAAAUAAACAAUUUUUUUUUCUUGCUGUUGAAGAGAAUCUUGGAAGGCAGCUAUGCUCACCACUAUACCACCAAUGCUUGAAGAGAAUCUUGACUGUUCUUGGGAUAGCGAGACAGCAGGUGGAAGGAAAUGUUUCCUUUUAACUGUGGCCAGGAAUUCAACCCUAAUCUCGGAGGGGCAGAAUUGGAUCCUCAGAAGUUCUGCUCCUUUAAGGCACAUUGCUAGCCAUCAGCCCUCACCAAGGUGCCACUUCGAGGAAGCCCAGUAACUCUUUUCCCUGCCUAACAGUUCUGCCCAGUCUUCUGGCCAUUCUCAGUGGGAUGGGACUAAUUUAGGUUGAGUUCAUGUGUCUGCCAAAUGUAAAUCCUGAUCUCUUUCUUACCUGAGCAUUGUAAUUUAACUCAUUUUACCAAUCCCUUCUCAACAGUUGGUGUCAGCUAGACUGAAUAUUUUGCAAACCUAUAAAUACACAAAUUGUAUUAUUUUUAGCCUAGGGAGCUGUUCCUUAACAUCCUUUUUCCCAUCUACUUUCUUCAUCUUUAGGAUUUAGCUCAGACAUUGCCAUCUCCUCAGUACCCCCAUGACACCCCAGACUCAGGCAGGUGUCCCUCCUCUGUGUUCACAUAGCACUAUUUGCUUUAAUACGGCCUAUUGUAAUUAUCUUUCUUGCAAAAAGAUGGAGCUCCUCCUGAGGGGUUUCAGUUGUCCUACCCUUCUAUAUAUUACAAGAGCCUGCCACCUAGUAGGUCCUUGAUGACUACAAACACACAAAAGUGACAUUUUUGUGAUAUAUUUUUCCCAACAUGGAAUAUUUCAGUGUUCACAUUUCAUUAGUUUUUCAUUGCAAUAAAUGUAAUACAAGAUAUAUGUUGUA